AUGGCAUCUGGGGGGAACGUCCAGAGUGUUCUAGUGACUGGAGCCAAUCGUGGAAUUGGCCUGGAGCUGGUGAAGCAGCUUGUGAGGAAACCCAACCCACCAGGAUGGAUCUUUGCCACAUGCCGGGAUCCGGAGGGUGCACGAGCACAGGAAUUAAAGAAUUUGGCUUCCAAGCAUCCAAACCUUGUGAUAUUGCAGCUAGAAGCUACAGACCCCGCGAGCAUCCAGGCUGCUGCAAAGAAAGCUGAGGCCCAUCUGGGAGGAUCUGGCCUGAAUUUGCUGAUAAAUAAUGCUGGCGUUAUGCCAGAGAGCACUCUGGAGUCAGCGACUGCUGCAGAUAUGUUGGCCGUGUAUAAAAUCAACGUUGUGGGACCAAUGUUGGUGACCCAGGCGUUCCUGCCCUUGUUGAAGAAGGCUGCGCAGGAGAGCACCCAGACAGGGCUCAGCUGCGGCAAGGCAGCCAUUAUCAACGUGUCCAGUAUAGGGGGCUCCAUCGGGAACACCCCCAGCAUGGCCACCUUUCCAGUCAUCUCCUACCGCUGCAGCAAGACUGCUCUGAACAUGCUCACGAGGUGCCAGUCGGUGAGAUACAAGGAAGACGGGAUCCUGUGCACUGCGCUGCAUCCGGGCUGGGUGAAAACAGAGCUGGGAACUGCCAAGGCAGAGCUGACGGUGGAGGACAGCGUGCAGGGGAUUCUGAAGGUGCUCUCCACCCUCUCUGAGAAACACCAUGGGAUUGUAGUGGACUGGACAGGAAGAAAUGUGCAAUGGUGA